AUGGAUGAAGUACCAGAUACAGCCCAGCACUUUAUUGAGUGUGACAUUGGAUCAUGUAGGAACUUUUCCGAGUUUUACUGUAAUACCUGUCACCAGCGAUUCUGUGACCAUUUCAAACAGUCUCAUCUAGAGCAGAACAAUGAACAUGAGAUUGUCCUUUAUCACGAGAGGAAAAGAAAACUUCCUUCAGAAAAAUUCCGCUUUCACCCUACAGAAGAUAUUAAUAGUUACUGUACGUUCUGCCAGGAUCCUCUAUGUUCUACAUGUUUUGCCAAAGACCACAUUGAUCAUGAUAACAGUGACCUUGAAACAAUUUACAAUGACAUUCUUAAGCAAUGUCAGAAGGAAGUUACUGAUAUCUGGAAAACAGUUAUUCCUGAGGCUAAAGAUAAUGUCAAAUUAAUUGGUGAAAAGAGGAAAAAUGUCAAAAGGGAAAUUGGCAAUUUUAGAGUAUUCAUGAACAAAAGGGCAAAUGAACUGAAAGGGGUGAUCGACAGUAUACUAAUUGAUAAUAACAAAAAGCUAGAUGAGAUCGAGGAUUUUGUUAUGGAUGAAAUGAUGAAUCAGCAGAUUGAAACAGAGGACUAUAUAACUUACCUGGAAAAAAUGACUUCAGACUAUGAAUGCACACUUGAUAAAGAUGAAAUAGCCAAACAGUUUGGAAAAAUAGAAUUGAAUUCAUCUGAAAAAUUUGAGAUUUCAUCUGUCACAAAAGUAAGUGAAGUAACUUGCCAUGGACAUGGAAUUUUUCAUUUAUCUCUUCUUCCCGAAAAUGAAUUUUGGGCUAGGGAUAGCUUGGGAAAUCUCAUUCAGUUUGAUAUGGUAGGAAACAUCUUACGGAAAAUAUCAACCAGCAUGAAUUAUAUCCAUGGUAACCACACGGUCACCACCGAGGUAGAACUACUUUACACAGAUAGCGAUAAAAACACUUUCUACAGAGUGACUAGUGACAGUUCCAUCAACAAACUUAUUGAGACAGGUCACUGGAUACCUGGAGCUAUCUACUCCUCUCACAUCAAUGGACACAUACUAGUUGGGAUGGAGAGAGAUACAGACAACAAACAAAAAAAUAACCAGAUACAACAGAGAAGGAAGAAAGUUACAGGACAUACAUGA